AUGCCUCCAAGAUUCAGUGAGACAGUUAAAAUUUUGUUUGAGAUUUUGAAAUUAGAAGAAUAGCAAGAAAGUGAAAGGCUAUACCUGAAUCCAUAAUUUGAUUAAAUUUCUAGAUAAGCCAAUAUCAUAAUGAACUAAGAGAAGAAACCAAUUCAACAUAUCUAAUACAAAUUACAAGAGGAUCAUUAAGAGAUGCCACCUCAUCCAUUGUUGCAAGCUGAACAGAGAUAAGAAUCAAAUAAAUUAGAUGUUAUUUUUGACAAGCCAGAUAAAUAGGAGAAAUUAUUAAAACUAGAAUAAAUUGAUAAAAACAAAAAAAUAUGA